UGUCUACUGCGGGGCCGCCGAGACAUCACGCUAGCAGUGACACUGUGGACACGUAUGGUGUGGCGGGGUGCGUGGAAUUGUACGACGCAGUCAUUGCACCCUUCGCCCCCACCAUCGCUGCCUUGCUGGAUUCUUUCGAGCAGGCGUUCCUGAUACACCUGACCUCAAUGUGGGAAAGGCAAUGGACGAGGCCCGAACUAAAGAGGAAAGCCAGUUCCUCGACGUCGGUUGUGGCUCGGGAAGCUUCACAAAGAAGCAUCUGCUGCCACGCCUGCCACCUUCGUGCAAGAGGCUCGUAGCGGUCGACAACUCAGAUGCUAUGCUGAAAUUUGCCGGCGAAAACCGCGCGGACCCUCGGAUUGAGUACCGCAAACUGGACAUCGUCGCGGACGAGGACGUCACACGGUUCGUGCAGGCGGAAGGUCAUUUCCAGAGAGUGUACUCCUUCCUCGCCUUCCACUGGAUAGCGGAUCAUCGCCAUGCUCUGAAGAAUGUCGAGACGCUCUUGGCGCCAGGCGGGGAAUGCUUCCUUCUCUUCUCUGCUGGCUGCUUGACCGUGUUCGACGUCUUCAUGGCCAUGAUGGAGUCGCCUAGGUGGAAGAAGUACUCUAAUGUAAUCAAUCAGCGGCCGCAAUUCAACGUCAUCCCGUUGCUGGCGUGAAAGAUCGGCGGUGUCCACGACUCCCAGAAAGACCGUGUCGUCGUCGUCUUGUGCUGCCGCCUCAACAGGAGAC